AUGCAUGGCAUCCGAUGCAUCGCUCAACAUUGUCUUGGAGUCGAGACCAUCCGAAGUAGUCCAGCGAUAGAAGCUAUCGCAGCUGCCAAUAUUAGGCUGGAGACAGCGACUGCCGCCUGGCAUCGCAUUCACAAGAAACGCAGGGAGAAUCGCCCUGCAAAUUGGGAGGACAUUCAUAAGGAGUUCAAGGACGCCAAAGAAUCAUUGACCGCUCUUCUCAAAGAUCGCAAAAGUAAAGAGAUCAAUCAAGAGACUCUCGACAGCGUUUCAAAUCUGGAAACAACCGCAGGCUUCAUGUCAACCAGCUCAGCGACCAGUUAUUUAGCUGCUAUAGUUGCAUCCACUAUCUCCAAGGUUCCUCUUGCGCCUGUGGAACAAACUACGGGAGCCCCAGCUACUAUUUUACAACCUAAGACAUGGGAUCGUACAAUUAUCGAUGAAAAUCAAGUCGAGGAAACUAUGCCAGCGGAGAAAGAGCCAGUGACCGGCCCUCCCAGAAAGGAUGACGAACCUUGUGCGCCUACCAACAGUGUGGUGUACAAAGGCCCAGUGACGGAAUCUGCUAUCAAGUCCACCGUUGAUGAUGCCAACAUCGAUCCGGUUUUGAAAGCGCUCUCGCUACCGUCCCAGUCAGCCGACACGUCUAUUCGCCAUGAGAUGACUAUCGAGAUAUCUGGAUUCCCGGCUGGAGUUGUUAAUGCAGCAACGCCACCUCACCAGGAUCUCAUAUCCGGCGACGCACGUCCAAUUCAAAUUGAUUCCGGGAGGCGAGAAGCGUUGGGUUCAAAUGGAGAAGCACCAAUUUUGAAUGACUGUAUUGUGACGAACAUGGACUCAUUUGGAAUCCAGAUUGUGGGUGGGUCAACCAUGUUCCCCAUUCCUCCAAACCUUCAGAAGGAGUUAGACCAGUGCACCGCAGAGAGUUCAGGUCUCUUACAGAAGAUUCACACACUAGAAGAAGAACUGUGUGCGCCAGCACAGCGCACAAUGGACGAGAUACGUUUGAAGCUGAGAGAGAUUGACUCGGGCUAUGCUGCUAUUUACGCUGUUGAGAAAAGAGUCAGCGAAAUACAAAACAUUAUUGCUGAAGGAGAACGAUCCUUUACUGCCAAUGAACGACGCAAACAUCUCCUCAAGAGGAAAGAGAUCCUCGACAAGCAGCGAGAUGAGGGCGAGGCGGAGUUCUCGAGGCUGACAGUGGCAGAUCUUCCUGAGUAUCAGCGGAAGAGAAAUCUUCUCAUGGCAGAGAUCGAUGCCGUCAAGCUAGAGCUUCAGCAACUGGCAUCCUCCAAGUCCAAGAAAGCUUCAAAGGGAACAACCAUUCGGUCAAAGUUUGCCAAGGCUUCUAGACAGGCUAGAAUUACGAAAUCUUCCGGCGGCGACAAGGCAUUUAGCAGGGCUAACACCACAGAAAACGGGUCUGGGGAUGAUGAUGAAUCGUCGUUGUCUGAGGGGUCAUUUGAAGGUGAUGGGGAGGGUAGCAAGUCCUCAAAGCGCAAAUCGAGCACCAAAUUCGAUCCCACUAUUGGCAGGAAGAGGACCAAGGCUCAGCGUCUCAUGCUAGAGGUUGUUUACAGCGAUGAGCUGAAGGAGGAGGAGGAGGCAAAUGCGACGGGCCUUCGAGAGUUUAGGGUCGAUGAGUGGGAUUGUGAGGAAGAUAUGAAGGAGGAGGCCAAUUGGGCAGCUAUGACACCAAUUCAGCGGGUUGAAUAUUGUGAUGAUAUUGUGCGCUCUAUUGCCCGCUUUCAGAAGACAGGAAACUUGCAGGAUUUCCGUCCAAAAUAUCGUCGAUCACUUCGUCAUGUCCAAUCUCUACUUCCUGAGAAGUGCUUCGAAUCAAGACGCGUGGCUAUCGCCAUUCACAUGACCUCGCAUGGUAAUCUCAUCUGCCGUUUCCAUAAAAGGUACCCGAAAACCAAAUUUUUCGACAACGGACCAGGCCUUUACAGAGUUCGGGGAGUCCCUAAGAAACCCGUAUAUCGAUACCGAGUCGAGGAUGCAGCAACGCCCCUGAGGGAAACAGGUUAUAUGUCAUGCGGAUGCUUGAUUGACGAUGUCUUGCUGGAGUUUUACUUUUGGAAGACUCUAACCAUUUCAUCGCCACUUCCAUCGCUACAGGGGUUAGAGGAACCCAUGAAAGGGGAUGUCUUUGAGCCGCGGCAUCGAUCCUUCCUGAUCAAAGUAUUCAAAGAACAGUCUUUGCUCACAGCGGACGACAUCUACGACCCUAACCGACCCAGAGACAUUCGCAAGUUUGAACGAGAGGUGAGAUUGUUGGAUUUGAGUAUCACCAGGCUUGCGAAGAAGUGGGAAGAGAAGACGGGAAUUGAAAUGAGGAUAAUUUUUCCGCAGAGAGAAGCAGAGCUGGAAAGGAUGAGACGGGAGGCGGCUGAGGCAGCAACAAAGCAAGGUCAGGCUGGAGAGUCGAGCGCUAUGUCCCAGUAA